CUGACAGAUAGCAAUAGACAAACAAUAGGCGGCCAUUGAAUUUGUUUAUUUGAGAAUAUAAGAUAAUAGCCAUCAAAAUGCCAAAAAAUAUAACGAGUGAAGUACGUGAUAUAAUAUUAAAAGUAAAGGAAUUUAUGGACGAAGAAAAGCGUAUGCAAGUACCUAUAAUACCGCUGAGUAAAGUUUAUGUUAGAGUUUCCGCCGCUACUGGUGUCUCAGAGAGAACUAUACUCAACAUAGUCAAAGAGGCGAGGCUCGUUGAACAAGGGUUAUUAGAUCCAGAAACAUUAAAGAAAUCACCGAAAAAACGUGUCAGAACAAAAGGAAAAAUUGAAGUUGAUGAAUAUGACUUACAAGUGAUAAGAAGAAAAAUUCAUGAAUUUUAUGCAUUCAAGAAAGAAGUUCCUACCAUCAACAAACUCCUGCAGAUACUCAAAGAGGAAAUAAAUUUUAAAGGAUCAAGAGAGACAUUGAGAAAAAUUCUACGCAAGAACGGUUUCCAAUUCAGGAAGACGAAAAACAGCAAAGACAAAGAGCAACCUCCGGAAUCGACGUCAUCAGUACCACCAAUGGUGCCCCCAUACAUACAUUCAAUGUUCAGCCAUAAGAAUAUACAACCAUAGGCAUUUGAAGUAAUUUUAAAACAUGUAACUACUAUAAUGGCUGACUUUUUAGAUUUUAUAGAGUAAUUGUGUUUGUGAAUAUUAUAUAUAGCGACUUUGUCAGUUAUAAACCAGGAUGUUAGUAUUAUGAUUUUACACUGUUAGUUAUUCUAUGUAUUGCAACCGUUGACUUAUAUUGUUACAUGCAUGCUCCAAUAUUUUUAGCACCACAGAAGUUCACUAACAAAAUAUACUGAACUACUCGACGAUGAUGUCAAAUAGUAAGUUUAGACUGACUAUAAUCAAAUAUAACAAUACAUAUAUGAAAACUCAACUGUAAUAUAAACAUACAGGGCACUGGAACAUAUUGAUCUUUCUUGUUACUGAAUGUUUUUAAACUGUUAGGGAAGUCCUGUUAAGUUUUAAUAUGUAUUAUUACUAUAUUUAGUUGGUUUCUCGUUAAUCUACAGGACAUGUCCGACUAUAUACAAUUACAGCAAUAAAGUUAAUUUGUACAGAUCUCUUUAGUUGUUAAGCUAAUAUAAUUGUUGCAUAGGAUAUUUAUAGGGACAUUUUUAUGUAGACAAUUUCAUUAUACUUAAGGCGCCUGUUAUCAAGUAUUGCAUAGUUUUGUAUACACAACACAUAUAUUAAUAGUGUUUAUAUCCAUGUAAACAUUUUAAAUUUAUAUGGAAAAUAAAUUAAUUUUAACAUACAUAAA